AUGUUCCACAUUGUGAGCGCGUCGUCUGUCGCGCCCUCCAUCGUCUUGACCUUGCUCGCCCUCCUUACCAUCUCCUUGGUCGUCCUCCUGAUCUUGCGCUUCUACCUGCCCCUACGGACGACGCCAGCAUUCUAUCUCGUCCCCAUCUUCUUCGCACUCUGGCUGCCAGCAUGCAUGGUCCUUCUGGUCCCCGUCGACCUGGCCUCCGGUGCCAAGACGGACGAUGAGGCCACCCGUGGUGUUUGGCUGCCCGCCAGGGUGCUGCUCGUAUCCUGGAGGAUCACCUACUGGCUCACGUUCGCCCUGACAUGGUUUAUCCUCCCCAUCCUCGGCGAAUACUCCGACGCCGGCUACCGCGAACCCAAAGACAAUGUUCUCUACUCUCUGCGCGCAAAUGCCCAGUAUCACGCCAUGGUCUUCGGUGCUGGACUCGUCGGUCUCGUCUAUCUCGUCACAUCCCACGGCCUCAACUUCGCCUCCCUCAAAACGACCAUCAUGGCAUUGGCCUAUUUCUGGGGUCUCAUCUUCGCCAUCUACCUCAUGGGCCACGGCCUCGUCUCGAUUCCCCGCCGCCUCUUCCGUUUCGCCUCCAUCAGCGGCAGGCUGCGCCGUCUUCAGAACCACGCGCCCAAGGUCCACGAGCGCAUGGAGGAUUCGCUCCUGACGCUGGAGGACAUUGAGGUCCAAAUCUCCGAGUUGAGUCGCCGCAAGGUCGGGAGCGCCCGGGACUUCCAGGAAUGGAUUGACGAGCUGGCCGAGAUGGCCAACCUGCCCGAGUCGCAACCACGCUCUGGCAUGCGCGGAUCUGCCGAGAGCCGUGUCCUACCCACCGUCAUCACCGAAAAGUACAUGGCCGACCUGACGCGGAAGCUGACGCGCGCCCGUCAUGCGCGGUCACGUUACACCGGCGAGUGGAACCAUCUCGUGCAGGAGGCGGCUGCAACCCAGGCGAUUCUCGAUUCGGCAGCCUCCAAGAAGCUUGACUUCGGAGAACCGUCCCCCCACGCUGGCUUCUGGGAUCGGACGACCAUUCUGACGCCAUACUCUCGUUACAUCUUUUACUACCACAUCCAGCCCUACGGCAGCAUCCUUUUCGGUCUCUUCCUCGCCGCAUGCUCGGCAUGCAUCGUGUGGUCUGAACUCAUCAAGGCCGCCUUCCCCAAGCUCUCCGUCAUCCGUAUCAGUGUUGUCCACCACUGGGUCGGCGACAAGGGCCAGGUCGGCUUUGCUGGUCAGGUCAUCUCCAUCAUGUGGCUCUUGUACAUGUGCUCGGCUGCUUUUAUCACCAUGACCGAAGUCAAGACGUGGCGGAGCCGUGCGCUCGUCAAACGCAACACGGGGUACGAAUCGGCGUUCUGGUACGCGGGUCAAGUCGCCAAGCUCAGCGUCCCCCUGUCCUACAACUUUAUGACAUUUCUGCCCAAGGUCAUCUACGAGAAGACGCUGUUCUACCACAUCCUGGGGCAGUAUAUCAACCUGACGCCACUGACGAGCUUCAUGGACUACCUCUUCCCAAUUCUCGUGCUCGUCCCCGUCCUUGCCACGCUCUUUGGCCUCUACGGCAAAGUCCAACGGUUCUUCGGUUUUGGCGUUGACAUUAUCGAGGAUGAGGACGAAGACAACCAGCGAACGUAUGGUGCAGGAUCGUGGCGUGAGGGUCGUGACCUGAUCGAGCGCGAUCUCGGCGGCAACUCGAGCGCCCGGCGCCGCGAGGAGACGUUUGCCCGUCUUGGCGCUGCUGCAGCCGCCUCUGCUGCCCGAUCCGCCCCUGUUCUCACCGUGCCCGGCGGGGCGUCCUCACCAGCGCGAUCUCCCGUGCGUGCGUCGGCGCAGGACAGGCGCGAGAGGGUGUCACGACCGGCGUACACCGAUGCGGACGCUGAGGACCAAAACUUCUUCGAAUCCCUGGGCCAUCGCAUGAAGAACACCAUGGACACGUUUGAAGCUCCCAACUGGUUCCAGGACAUCAAGAAGCCCAAGUGGAUGGGUGGAGACGAUGACGGAGCGCCGGCUGGCAGCAGCAGCGGCGGGGCCGGUGCCGGCGGGCCGUCCUCGACCGAGUCGGAUAUCCGGAGGUGGUUUGGAGGUGAGAGCAGAAUCCGUCUUUGA